UGUGGGGGGGGGGGGGGGGGGGGGGGGGUACCAUCUGUUCAUUUCUCAGUCGAGCGGUCAGAGAAAGAGUUGAUCGACAGCGCACUUCAAAUCCUGUUGCCCUCUUUUCAUAACCUUCCUGUUUUGACAUGCACUCUCCGGCGAUGUAUGGAUGGUGACCCUACUCUUGGGAACAUUUCAGAUGUCCGCAGACUCCAAAAAAAACGGGUUCUCUGCUUUGAGACAAUGGAUUGUGGUUGUGGUGUGAAGGCUUCGCUGCUGCUACUGCUGUAACCGACCGGUGGAUCAUGGAAGGGGUACGUGCUUCUGAUGCGGGUUCGGGACAUUUUAUGGACCCUGCCAUGGGCGCCCAAGUGGCACAGAGUGCGACCAACAUAGCGGGAUUUAACAGCGAUGACACCCUGUUACCACUCACUGGAUCCCGGGCGUAUUUGGACGUUUCGCCAGCAGCAGGGCACCCGUUCUACGGAGGAUCGGAAGUAGUUUAUACCAACGGGCGAUACAGAGAGCACUGCAGUCCAAGACUUGGAGGUAGAAGCCGCGAUAAUUCAGCCGAGCGAAGUCACGGAGCUGCAAACACACCUUGCGGCAUCAUGAAGGAUGGCUCCAAGCAGAGGCAAGUAAGGAAGAAGACCGUCUCCUUCAGCUCCAUGCCCAAUGACCGCAAGAUAAGCAGCACGGCCGCCUGCAUGGCCUUCAUGAUGGAGGGCUGCGAGAUGAAGAAAGUGCGCUCCAAUUCGCGCAUGUACAACCGCUACUUCCUGUUGGACCCUGACAUGCAUUGGCUGCGCUGGGAGCCCUCCAAGAAAGAUUCAGAUAAGGCCAAACUGGAGAUCAAGAGCAUCAAAGAGGUGCGCCUUGGGAAGAAGACACCGGUGUUGCGCAGCAAUGGUCUUUCGGAUCAGUUCCCUGAUGAGUGUGCUUUCUCUAUAAUCUACGGAGAUAACUAUGAGUCCCUAGACCUAGUGGGCAGCACUGCGGACGUUGUCAGUACGUGGGUGAUGGGGCUGAGAUAUUUGGUGUCGUAUGGCAGGCACCCUGUUGAUAUGGUGGAACAAAGCCAGCCUAGCCUGCGAACGUCCUGGAUAGGAUCUGUGUUUGAGCUCGCGGAUAUGGAGAAGGAUGGAUACAUAGACCUGUUCCGUGCCACCCAGAUCAUAAAAGGCCUCAACCCAGGCAUGAAAGAGUCCAGGAUAGAACUCAAGUUUAAGGAGCUCCAGAAGGCUAAAGACCAAUAUGGAGAAGAUAUUAACAUGGACACAUUUGUGGAGGCCUAUUGUGAGCUGUGCACGCGUCCAGAGAUUUUUUUCUUGCUGGUGCAGUUCUCCAGUAAUAAGGAGUAUUUGGACAGUAAGGACUUAAUGCUGUUUGUGGAGGUGGAGCAGGGAGUGGAGGGCGUUAAUGAAGACAUGUGCAGGGAAAUUGUUCAGAAGUUUGAGCCAUCCGCUGAAGGCAGGGAGCGAGGUUACCUCUCCAUCGACGGUUUCACUCACUACCUCCUUUCCUCCGAGUGCCACAUCUUUGAUCCCCAGCACAAGCGUGUGUGCCAAGACAUGACCCAACCUUUAUCCCAUUACUACAUCAACUCUUCACACAACGCGUCCCUUCUCGAAGACCACUUCUGGGGCUCGUCAGACAUAAGCAGCUACAUCCGAGCACUGCGGAUGGGCUGCCGUAGCCUGGAGGUCAUCGUAUGGGACGGACCAGAUAACGAACCAGUGGUGUACGUGGGGAGCUCUGUCGCCUCUCAGCUGGCUUUCUCUAAGGUGCUCGACAUCAUAAACCAGUAUGCUUUCGAGAGCUCAGAGUAUCCGCUAAUUCUUUGCUUGGUGACACACUGUUGCAUCCACCAGCAGAGGGUCAUUGCCCAGCACAUGAAGAAGAUCCUCGGAGACAAGCUGUACGUAGACCUUCCCAACAAAGAGGAGAUUUACCUGCCCUCCCCAGAACAACUCAGAGGGAAAAUCCUCAUCAAGGGUAAAAGGCUACCCCCCAGCUGUACUGAGACCGAAGGGGAUGUGACGGAUGAGGAGGAGGGUCUAGAGAUGUCACGGAGGUUAGGAGCCAAUGAGAAGGACCAGCUAAAUGGCUUGGGCAGGAGACUCAGGCUCUGUCGGGAGCUGUCUGACCUUGUUUCCCUCUGUAAGUCAGUUCAGUUCAGGGACUUUGACAUAUCCAAGAAAGAACAGAAAUACUGGGAAAUAUGCUCUUUCAACGAGGUGGACGCAAACAGGUUUGCCAAUGAAUUCCCAGAGGAUUUUGUCUGCUAUAACAAGCGCUUUCUCUCCAGGAUAUACCCCACACCCAUGCGGAUCGAUGCGAGUAACAUAAACCCCCAGGACUUCUGGAAAUGUGGCUGCCAGAUUGUGGCCAUGAACUACCAGACCCCCGGACUGAUGAUGGACCUGAACCUGGGCUGGUUCAGACAGAACGGGAACUGCGGCUAUGUGCUGCGGCCAGCCAUCAUGAGGGAGGAGGUGUCCUACUUCAGUGCAAACGCCCGAGACUCCCUCCCGGGGGUGUCUGCCCAGCUUCUCCACAUAAAGGUCAUCAGCGGGCAGAACCUGCCCAAGCCCCGUGGCUCCGCUGCCAAGGGCGAUGUGGUGGAGCCUUACAUCUACGCCGAGAUCCACGGCAUCCCCGCCGACUGUGCCGAGCAGAGAACGAAAACCGUGUCCCAGAACGGAGACAACCCCGUUUUUGACGAGAGCUUCGAGUUUCAGAUUAAUUUACCUGAACUGGCCGCACUCCGCUUCGUGGUGCUGGACGACGACUACAUCGGAGACGAGUUCAUCGGUCAGUACACCAUCCCUUUCGAGUGCCUGCAGCCCGGCUACAGACAUGUGCCCCUGCAGUCUCUGACUGGGGAGUUUCUGGCCAACACCACCUUGUUUGUUCACAUUGCUAUCACCAAUAGACGGGGAGGAGGCAAGGCCCAUAAGAGGGGACUAUCUGUGAGGAAGGGGCGUAAGACCCGGGAGUACACAUCCACCAAGACUACGGGCAUCAAGGUCGUAGAUGAGCUCUUCAGAGCCUCCACCCAGCCUCUCCGGGAAGCCACGGACCUGAGGGAGAACGUGCAGAAUGCCCUGGUGUCCUUCAAGGAGCUGUGCGGGCUGACGCCAGCGGCCAACAUGAAGCAGUGCAUCCUGACCGUGUCCACGUGGCUGAUGAACAGCGAGCGCGUGCUGCAGCUGACCGUGGACCUCAGUGAGACCUACCCCGCCAUGGAGGCCCAGGGCCCUGUGCCCGAGCUGCUGCGCAAAGUGCUCACCGCCUACGACAUGGGCUUGACUUCCACGUGGACCUUCACCGCAUUGGGGCCAGAGAGGGCUUGAAGGGCCGCAAGCUGCAGAAGGCCAUGGAGAGCUACGCCUGGAACAUCACUGUGCUCAAGGGCCAGGCAGACCUGCUGAAGCACGCCAAGAACGAGGCGCUGGACACUCUGCGGCAGAUCCACUGCGCCGCCCAGUCCUGUGGCCUCAGCAAGAGCGGGGCAGCGUCCCCCCAGCUCCCGCACCACCCUCUCCCCCCGGCCUCCCUCAGCCUCCCCCAGCCACAGCACCACCCUCUCCCACCGGCCUCCCUCAGCCUCCCCCAGCCACAGCACCACCCUCUCCCCUCGGCCUCCCUCAGCCUCCCCCAGCCACAGCAGCAGCACCCCCAGCAGAAGGCCCUAUCCCCUGCCCAACCCCAGCCCCAGGCCCCUUCCCUGAAUGCCGCCACGCCCCAUCCCCAUCCCCAUCCCCAUCCCCACCACCUACCCCUACCCCUGCACCCGCCACCCCAGCCGCAGGCCCAAUCCCAGGCCUCGCCUCGGGCCUCCCUCCGGCCUCUGCCUCCCUCCGUUCCCCCUCCUUCUUUGAUCCCGUUUAUUCCCGCUUUCCCCCACCCCCCAGCGUAUUCCCCGGUCCAGCAUCCACCACAGACUGUACACCAGCCUCCACCACAAACUGUACCCCAACCUCCACCAAAGCCCCAGUCCCUACCCCAGUCCCACCCUGCACCCACACCUCAAGCCCAGCUACAGCCCCAGUACCUACCCCACGCCCAACCUCCGACCCAGCCUCUGAGCCAGUCUCUGCCCCAGCCACAGCCCAAGCCUCUACCCCAGGCCCAGUUCCAACCGCAGACCCAACCCCAGGCCCAGCUUCAACCCAAGCUCCAGUCCCAGUUUCUACCCCAGACCCAGCUCCAACUGCAGGCCCAGUCCCAGCCUCUACCCCAGCUCCAGCCCCAGCUCCAGGCCCAGCUUCUACCCCAGCAGCAGAAGGCAGCAGGCCCAUCGGACCCGGUCCCCGAGAAGGAGCCAAUCAGAGAGCCUGCCGCUGGCUCCUGCUGACAUACAGCCUGUGCCCACAGAGGACCCAAUAAGCUGAACAGAGACAGAGACACGGACAUGAACAGGGAGGUCAGUGAGGAGGGGAAGGUGGAGGAAGGGAGGGGAAGAGAGGUAGCGGCACAGGGGAAGCCCCGUCGUGUUAGGAGUGAGACACAGGUCUGAGAGUGGGAGGGAGCUGCAGGUGAUCAAAAGAGGGUCAAAGUGGGACGUGGAAAAAGCUGGACAUUUAAAGGAGGAUGAAACAUCUUUUGAAAUGCUGAGUUUUAAUAGCUGCAGGGAUAAAAGAGUGGCGAGGGCCUGGGGGGAUUUAAUGUGAGUGAGUGGCAAGCAAAUUCAAAAGCCCUGCUACAAAGUGCCACUUGUUGAAGAGUAAAUUUGAACCACUCGUCAAACGAGAGCUGGAGUGGAUUUGCACAAAAGAACAUUGGCUGAUGCACACAUUAUAAAAAUGAUUGUUUAAGAGUACAACAUAGCUUAUUUUUGGCAUUUCAUUAUGAGGUUCCAUUACUCAUUCAUGCACAAAAAACUGACAUAACACAUUACUCUUAUAAUGAAUGUAAUUAAAGGUGUUAGGUAAGAUUUAAGAGCUACAAUUUGAGCAUUGUUUCUAAGAAAUGGCCUAGCCGUCCGUCAUUGAAAUGCGCUUUGAGAAUAUCUCUUCCAGUUGAAUGUGUGCCUGCUCUCUAUGAGCCAAUUUAUAUUUCAAAUUGUUCCCUGCUUCAAUGUUGGAUACAAUCAGAAAAUCUCCUCCCCGAUCGGUAAAAAUAAUCCAUCUUGCCUGUGAGUCCCAGGUGUGUGAACACAAACAAUUUUUCAAUGUUGUAGAAUUGUUUGGAGACAGGAAGACGAGGGGACCUAUUUUGGGAUUGCUCGUUUAUUAUUUAAUGCUGCUCCCUAUCGCACUUUUUCUGCUCUCUCUCUACAACUCAAAAAUCUUACCUAAAGCAGCUUUAAUUAAACAAGUAUUGUUUCAUCUCCCUUUUGACGGAUGUAACAGUCUAACCAUAGCUAUCCAGCGCUGAACUUACCAUUGAAAUAGACCGACUGUCAAGUUAACGUGGGCUCCGUCGGUCUUUGACUCUCUCUUGAUGUGAAGAAAGAAAGGAAUGAAAGACAGCUUCAGGGUUGGAUCUUGAAUCAGCCACUUCAGUCAGGUGUGUCUCUGUCUCUCUUUGGCCACUUGGGGGCGCUCACUACUUGCCCCCACUACACUAUUUGAUACAGAUCUAUGGGUACAGGCUCUCAAUGUUAUUGGCAUUUCAUACCGCAUAUAUUUGCCUUUGAAUUUCCCCGCAAAAGACACUUUGGCAAGUCUUUGUUUUUUAUUUUGUUGUACUUUUAAUUUGCUGUCUUUCUUUGUGGCUAUCUUUCCCCCCCGUCAUUUUGAUUCCACCUCUUUCGAUUGUCAACCUUAGAUUUCCUCCUGCUCAAUGCAGCCUAGAGGCAGCUUCCCUCAAGACAAAAAUAAUAAAUAAGAGAUAGUCAUUAUUUUUUUCUGCAGUGCGCCAAGUCUUGCAACUUGAACCCCAGAUGAACUAUAUAGAACUCACCGACCAUCUCAGAACCGUCCAGGAACAUGCGGUUGGUGGCAAUGAAUAAGAAGUAAAAGAAAAAAAAAGCGGAAAUCUACCCUCACAGCAGCUGUUAAUCAUCUCAUAAUGGUGUUGUUGUCGUCCUAAAUGGAGUCUUCUUCAGUGAUGAAGGUCUUCCUCCUCUUCUACCUCCCUUUCCUUUAAACAGUAAUCAAGUCCGGCCCGAAGGACUCUGCGUGCCGUGCGUGUGUGAUGUCAUUUGCGUCAGUUAUAUUUUGGUCUUGGGUUAGCUCACAAAUGACUCCCAAAAGACCAACUGUCAAAAGGAAAAGCACGCUACUGCUGUCUGUUGUCCGAGCCUACAGAGUAUAAGUGUUUUUUUUUUGGGGGGGGGGGGGGGGGGGGGUGUUUGGUUGUAAAAACUGUAUGUAAGAUGAAGGGAACAAUGUUAAUGAUCACAGAAACAAACGUUGAAGAUUGACAUUAUAAUAAUAAUAAAUGUUUAGAAAUUAAUAUCACAAUUUGUUUUUAUACACAUUACUUCGCUAUAGACAAAGUUGUGUUAAGUGAAAGAAGCAGGGUAGUUAAGACUGCUGAAAGGGUAUGAUGAACACCCACACAGGUUGGUCAAACAUUAGCCAAUGAGUGUUUCGUUUUUUUCUGUUUCAUCACAAUAUCAAGUAAUUGUGUACUCUUUAAGAGUUAUUUUAAGUGGCCCAUUAAAAUAGCCGUCAUUGUUG